AUGGCAUCAUCGACUGCUGGUAGUACAACUACAACUAGUACUACAACAACAACAAAAGAAAGUUCAAACAAAAUUGAUGUUGUAUCAUUAAUCGUUCUUGUAUCAUAUCCUAAGCAUUAUCGAAUAUUUGCCGAAAAAGAAUUGGUUCAUGAAAUAAUGCCAAAUGCGGCUGAUAGUGCAUUUGUCUGGUUUGGAAAUUAUUCAGCUGAAAAAGAUGAACAUCCACCCGUGUAUAUGGAUGUUAUUGCAAGAAUGAUGCGUCUAGGUUAUAAUAUACAAGCGUCCACUGGUGGUGGAGGUAAUCCUGCUAUUGGUGAUAAUAUGUCAACGCAUACUAGCCACUAUAUACUUAUACGAAAACGUGAUUAA